AUGGAUUUGAUGGCAGGUCCUGAAGGCCAGGAUCAAUAUUAUACUGAGUGGGUCCAGAGCCUGGGAUGGCAAACCCAGGGCUACACUGAGCCACUGGCUGUGUCCCAGGGGCUGCUGCUGUGGCUGCUGCUGAGCCUGAGUGCAGUGUGGGCCUCCAGGGGCCCCCCGAGGCCAGUGUGCCAGCCUAUCAACGCAACCCUGGCUGCAGAGAACGAGGCCUGCCCCGUCUGCAUCACCUUCACUACCAGCAUCUGUGCCGGCUACUGUCCUAGCAUGGCGCGAGUAAUGUCGGUCGCCCUGCAGCCUGCGCACCAGACCGUGUGUACCUACCAGGAGCAGCGCUUUGCAUCUGUGCGCCUGCCUGGCUGCCCACCUGGUGUGGACCCCGUGGUCUCCUUCCCUGUGGCCCUCAGCUGCCGCUGUGGGCCCUGCCGUCUCAGUAGCUCUGACUGUGGGGGUCCCAAGGCUCAACCGUUGGCCUGUGACCUCCCCCACCUCCCUGGCCUCCUCCUCCUCUGA